AUGCAAGUUUUCACCACCCUGGCAACUGCAGACAAGCCUAUGAAGCUGCAAGAUAUUGCUACUGUCAAUGGUGCAUCGGAAAGAUUGCUUGGGCGCGUCUUGCGUUAUCUGGCCUCGAUCAACACGAUCGAAGAGGUGGGACAAGACACAUUUGAAGCCAACCACAUAACCCGCACGCUUUCUCAGCCUGGUAUUGAAGGGGGGGUUCGCCUGUCCUCUGCUUGUCAGCGACCAACAAACUCCGCUUUGCCAGAUCUACUGGUGGAACGCGGGUUCCAAGACGUCACAUCGGCCACUGAAACGGCUUUCAACAAAGCCUGGGAUUCUCGGGAGCCAUUCUUCACGUGGGUGCGAAGCCAGCCGAAAAUCUUCGAGUAUCUUCGCCUUGCUCUGGACGUGCAAUUUCGAGAAGACUGGCUUAACUCAUUUCCUCUUGAAUCACAUCUUGGCGAUUUUGAAUCGCGUGCUGAUCCUGAAAAGGUGCUCUUUGUCGAUGUAGGAGGCAACCUCGGCAUUCAGUGUUGCGGAUUGAAAGCAAAAUUUCCACACUUAUCUGGACGAAUCAUUCUUGAAGAUCUGCAGGAGACUAUCAACGUAGUCCCGGCUCUGGAAGGAGUAGAGGCACUUGCGCAGGAUUAUCUGGCCGAGCAAAAGGUCAAAGGAGCCAAGUUCUACUACUACCGAAACAUCUUCCAUGAUAAUCCUGACUAUCGUUGCCGGCUGAUACUGGAUGGCUUGAAGCCUGCAAUGAAAGACAGCUCAUUGUUAUUGAUCGACGACAAAGUUCUCUUGAAUCAAGGUAGCCAUCGACAUGUCACCAUGUUGGACCUGGCUAUGAUGGCACAGGUGGCAUCUCAUGAAAGGACGAGAGCGCAAUGGCAAGCUUUAUUGGAAGGAGCCGGCUGGGAAAUAGAGGAAAUUUUCCAAUACUCUCACGAGUAUGAUUCUAUCAUAGUAGCUAAGCCUGCGACACAGAAGGCAUAA